CUUGAUUUUGACGCCGACGCGACUACUCGGAUGCCGACUGCACCUGAUGCCAAAACGCGCUCAAAGAUCAGUUUGAACUCCCGAGUAUUCUCAACCGCGAUUCCCCAAAAAUAUCUGCCUCGUAUAUUCCUCAAUGCUGUCUUGUUUGCUAUUUGUACGCAUGCGGCCAAAGGAGUCUUGGAGUUCGAAGUUGGAAUCUUCUGGACUGUAAUGAGAGUGUUGGCAUGCGGAGGAUUUGGAGUCCUAGUCUGGGAGGGUUGGACUGGUCAGUUGGCGAAGCGCAAGUCAAUCGAGUGGUCUGUACUUGGGACAGCAUCUUUACUCGUCUUCGUUCAACAGGCUUGCUUAUUCACCGCUCUGUACAGGCUGCCAUCUAUCCGUGUAGCACUGUUCUCGCAUUUCGCCGAUCUAUGGCUUGGGGCACUGUUGACGACGUCGAAAUCUCGUAAAGCUGCGUCCGUCACCCUUGCCUGGUUACUCUGCAUUGCUUCGGACACCCAGCUCUCUUCGGUUAAUGUGUGGCGAUUUCUCCCUGGAUAUGGAGCGCUUUUCCUGUACGCCUUGGCCACCAGUGCUCUCAACCAUACCGUUGGUGUCCUAGCGCCAUCAUUGGGCACGACCUUCACCAUCUCUGCGAGUGCUUUCGGUGCCUGCAUAUUCGCUCUGCCGUUCUAUCUAUUCAGGACAGUGGUUCUCGAUUUUCCACCGUCUCCAGCACUUCCCCUCACGUCUUUAUUGGCUCUCCCGCUCCUUGCCUUCACCCUCUUAUUCCUAUCCCCCAUCACCACCCGCUCUUUGACUCAGCUCUCCUUUACCCCGCAACACCUCAUGCUUUCCUACCCAAGUACUGCGAUCGCAGCAGCUCUUCUAGGGUCCUUGGCCUAUAACCAAUUUCCAACGUGGACUGACCUCGUUGUGGCUUUCUUUCUCUACUUCGGCAUGCAACCCGAGAAAACCGACUCAUUUGCCGCCUCCCCUCCUACACCCACUUCCCGUUUGCUCCGAUCUUAUCUCAAAACUAUUUUGUCCAAUCCUGAGUCCCGCAAAAUAUUCUACUUCUUGGUGUUGAAUAUGGCAUAUAUGCUGGUACAAAUGCUUUAUGGGGUUUGGACGAAUAGUCUGGGUUUAAUUUCUGAUGCGAUUCACAUGGCUUUUGAUUGCAUGGCAAUCGGAGUUGGACUACUUGCUUCCGUGAUGGCAACAUGGGAGCCCAACGAGCGCUUCACCUACGGAUACGGUCGUAUCGAGACAUUAUCAGGUUUUGCGAACGGAAUUUUUCUAAUUCUUAUAUCUAUCUUUAUAGUCUUCGAAGCCAUCCAACGAAUAUUAGAGCCUCCUGAGAUGAACACAAGUCAACUCCUCCUGGUUAGCUCUCUUGGACUAGCCGUGAACCUAUUUGGCAUGUUUGCGAUGGGCGGUCAUCACCAUGGCGGCCAUUCCCACUCGCAUGGCCAUGGAGGUCACUCUCAUGAUCAUAGCCAUACCCCACCCACAAAUCUGGCCCCUCCACCUGCUUCACAGAGCAGCCAUUCUCACUCUCCCGGUCAUGGCGGUCACUCACACGACCAUAGCCAUACCCUACCCUCACCUACUUCCUUGGAUUCUCCUUCCCAUUCCCAUUCGCACUCAUCACCCCCAGCUUCUACAAUGCCGCAUCACUCUCAUUCCCAUGAUUUCUGCGACGAAGAACACGAUUCCCCCCCACACUCCCCCGUUGUCUCCCAUUCUCAUGGACAUGAGCCGACACAUUCUCAGAGCGACAACAGCCACGCCCACGGGGAGCGAGCAUCACUACAUGCCCACGACAACUACCCAGAACUAAGCACUCCCAUCACACCCAACUAUCAAUUCGGCGUUGACGAGCAUUAUAUGAGACAUCAUGAACGCGACCAUGCGCCGAAUGUGCACAGUCCUAUACCAGCGCUGUCACACGAAGGUCACAGUCAUAAUAUGCGAGGAGUUUUCCUCCAUGUCAUGGCAGAUACUCUGGGGUCUGUUGGUGUGAUCAUUUCCACUCUCCUCAUCCAAUUCUAUGGGUGGACUGGCUUCGAUCCGAUUGCAUCCCUCUUCAUUGCCGUGUUGAUUGCUGCCAGCGUGACUCCUCUGGUCAUGGACACUGGCCGUGUACUAUGUCUCGAUGUCUCUGAUCGAGAAUCUACAAUAGAAACCGCUCUGGCUGAAUUGAAAUCGGUAGAGGGACUUGCAUCCUUCACAUCACCGAGAUUUUGGCCUAAAGACGCAACAACCAUAAUUGGCUCCAUUCGCAUUCAGGUGGCAAGAUCCGCAGCGUCAUUCGAUCCUAGUGGACCACAUUCGAACAGUCAACCUACAUACGCAAAACUUGACCGAGUAGUAGAGAGGGUUGACCGGUUACUACGAGGGCGUAUAACAGGACUCGAGGAGUUGACCAUUCAAGUCGAGGAGGGCAGGUAG